AUGGAAAAUUAUUUAUUUCGCGAUGCAAAUUCAGAAGAAUUAAAAGAAAUAGAAGGAUUAAAACCAAUUAAAAAAUUAGAAAAUAUUUUAAAAGAUAUUGGUGCACCAAAUAAACAAAUUACAACAUUAGAAAAUUAUAAAAAUUAUUUAAAAGAAGAUGCAUUAUCUAAAAAAUCAUGGGGAUUAGAAUCAUUUAAUCAACCAAAUCAAACUGACGAUGAUUUAUUUAAAGAGACUGUAUUAAUUGAAGGUGGUGAUAAUACUAAACAUGUAUAUUGUUUCAUUGAUGCCUAUACUGCAAAUCCUGUAACUAUUAAAGUAACAAGACCAGAUGCAAAUUCAUUACAACCCUUGACCAAUGUUGAAUUAUUAGCAAUUUAUUCAAAAGCUUUUCAAUUCAUCUAUGAAGAAGAGGAAAAAGAAGUAGGUAAUCCUGGUCACAUUCAAGGUAUGCUUAAUAGAGGUGUUUCUCAUGGCAGAUAUGGAAUUUGGGGUCACGAUCUUUCAGAUUUAGUUUACAAUGGUUUUUCAGAUGUUUUAAUCUAUAAAGAUUUCAUUUUUUGUGAAUUUAGAGUAGAUUCUUAA